UCAUUUGGAGGUCUUCAGGCAGAGUCUUGACAGCCACCUGCUGAACAUGCUGUAGGGCUAGAUUUCCUGCAUCAGGCCAGAUGGCAUACAAAACUCCCUCCAGCUGUGUAGGAUGCUGUGGAUACUCCUCUCUCCCCUCCUCACAUCAUUUCAGGGAGGAUGCGAAGGUCCUGCAUUCUUGGCUGUCAGCAGACAGGAUGUGGGUGCAGAAAUGGAAUAUGAAUUACUGGCAAAAGUGGGUCAGUUACCUUUCAUAUGCAACAUUUGGCUGGUGGAUAGAGAUUAGAGUUUACCUGUUGCAAUCAUACACAAAGAGAUGGUUCUGGGUAAGAAAAUAAUUGUUUAUUGUAACACCUGGGUCCUGCAGGCGCCCUUUCUGUGCUCCUCCUCGUUGAGCAGCUGUUUGGCUGCUUCACUCUCAUCCAGCUCUCCCCCAAGCAACUUCAAGGAUUGCUUUUUUUGAGGGGGAGGGUUGUGUGUUUUUGAAAUUCCCAAAGGAGGAGCAGGUUCUUCUCUCACGCUCACACGUUUUCCUGCUCCAACUCCUUGCCGCUCCUCCCUGCUUCAGAACCUGCUGGGAAAGAGAGCGAGAGCUCCCGGGAAAGGCGCCUUUUGCGCUCGCCCCGCCCUCGAGUCUCCUGCCGCGGACGGAGGGAAGCAUCUCAAAGGGUUUCCUCGCCAAAGGGAGCAGCAAGCGAUUUCCCGCUGCCCUCGGGCCAGGCAUCUCUCCUCCGGGGCAUCAGGCGCCGCGAGUUGGGCACCAGAGUCUGGCUCUCCUGCCUCUCUGCCUUGGCACAGUCUCCGGAUCUGGGUCUUUCGCUGGCCGAGGAUUUGGCUGGGCUGGGGCUGGCGGGGAAGGAGCGCGAUGGCCAAGAAGACUCCCAGGGGACGCUUCGCGGAAGCCCAGGAUCUUCCAGAAAGAAUAAAAGCAGAGGUGUUUUGGGACUCAGAAAGGGACCAUGAAGCUUACAGAGUGCGCUUCACAAAGGCUGGCUCCUUCCAUUGCUGUGAUACUGGUCUCAUAUGGGAAGUGAGAGGAGCUGUGACCAUAACAUACCACUUUGAUUCAUGGCCUAAGCACCUGGAAGAACAAAACACCAAGGAGUGGCAGAUCGCUGGCCCCCUGCUCAACAUUAAAGUGGAUGCAGUAGAAGCCAUGGCAGCCAUUUGCGUCCCUCACGCCUUGUCUCUUUCAGGUAUUACAUGGGAAAAAACCUUACAGCAUUAUAACCAUAAUAGGAAGAAGCUUAAACAGGAAUAUCUUCCAUUGACAUUUCCAGAAUGUUUGGGGGCCAGUGGUGUGGGUUCUAGGGAUCAGUAGUGCUGGCUAAAUUGUCUUUUCUGAUUUGUUUCAAUUUUGCAAAAUGUUCUGCUAUUUUACUGUUUUUGUGAUGCUUUUUAUUUUGUUGUAAGACAUGUUGGAGCUGUCAUCUAAACCACAGAGCCUA